AUGGUCAACUCCCUCCGGCUCCUCGCCAUCACUGCGACGGCCCUCACAGGUCUCACCCCUGCCGCCGCAAGCCCGGCCGCCGAACCGGCCGCCCCGACUCUCCUCCCCGGCUUCGAGGUCGACUGGAGCAAAUGGUGGACACGCCAGUUGUUCAGCUGCCCAGUCUGGAAAGGACCUCUUCCUCAGAGCGCACAGGAUCUUGCAGGAAGUACCUGCAACAAUGCCUGGACUCGGACCAUCACAGGAGGUUCCAUCACUGCUCGUCUGUACCAGGUUCCUGGGCAUUGGCAGAAGGAACCUCGCUACAGCGAGAUCGUCAACGGUGUCGCUGCUGCCAUCAAGAAAGGCGUCGGAAUCUUUGGAUCGAUGGCUGGUCCUCUCAAGAUUCACAUCGGCUUUGUCUCGGGCGUCCUCGGCGAUAUCGUUCAAGUCGACGACAACAACUUUGGUACCAAGGAUCCUUGCUACAUGAUCAUCGACUUUCCUCCCGGCACUAGCAAGUACCCUCUAUUGGCCAUUCAGAAGGACGUCAUCAAGGGCAUGUACCAGUGUGUGGAGCAGUUCCAUCGUCCGACUGUUACUACUUGGACAAAGGGAAAUGAAUGGUGGCGUCAAGGCAUUGCUCGCUACUUUGAUGGGCUUGCCUACCCUACCACCAACGCUAUCAUGAACCGCGGCCUCUACCCUGAAGAGUACCAAUUCGGAAUCCCUCUCUACCAGAAUGACGAGGCUGCUGCCCUCUUCUUCCACUUUGCCGACAGAUUAGGCGGAUGGUCUCCAACUGAUGUCAAUAACUGGAUGAAGGGGCAUCCUAACAAGGCAACCUACGAACUUGAGCGGAAGUCGCUGUCGACAGACACAAAGAUUACAUCCACUCUGUGGCAUCGCUUCGUCCUUGCCUGCAGGGACCAGACCAUCAAGUACCCCAACGGCCAGAAGAUUCCACUCAAACUUGGAGGACCACCCACAACCACCCACCCCCUUGUCAACGUUGCCAAAGUUGGCGGCACUUACUCCAAGUCCGUCACAGGUAAAGCUUGGAAGGGCGCCAUCAACAUCUUCUCAAUCAAGGCCGGCCAAAAGAUGCGUGUCACGUUUGAAGCCGACCCAGGCAUCGAAUGGAGCAUCCGCAAGGUUGGAACGACUGCAUGGAACACUGGUAUCAGGACUAGAACUGUUAAUAUUGCGGCUGCUGCUGGUGCCACUACCAAGUUCGAGCUUGCUGUUAGCUCCACGAGGGAUGAUGGUGGGUCGGGGUUGAGCAAGGUCAAGAUGACUCGGACUGCUUAA